AUGUCUUCCUUCCAGCUUUUUUCGAGGACCUGUUGUUGUUUAUUUUUUGCUGCACCAACGGUGAAAAUGGCAAUGCGUCGCGCUGUUCUCCUUUGCAGUCCUCUUUCGCCACCGUUCUCCUCCUCCUCCUCAUCGUCGUCGUCAUCAUCGGCCGCUGCCUUCUUCAACGGUCGGUCGGCGACGGUGGAGGAACAGAAGCAGACGUCCGACGGAGGGAGGGAUGUGGAUUUGGCACUUCGGCUCCAGGAUCAGUUAGCAAAGAUCAGUGAAAAGGUCGCACAUGACAAUGACGUUAUUCGGCAGCAGGCAACAGCCUUCGCUAUGCUGCAGCGACAGCAGGUCGUGCUCGAAAGGCGUGUAGUUGCAGUGGAAGAAGAGACGGUGCAAAUGCAGCAAAAAAUUGCCGAGACGACGCGUGUGGCCUCCGAUGUUGUCUUGCAGCAUCGUAACGUGGAGGCUCUGGUGCGGCAGAUGGAGAAACUCGUGCUUAGUCACGCAUCCUCCCCGAAGAAUACGAAGUCCUCUAGCGGCAUUGCGUCCCAAGCAGAGGAGGCGAAGUCCAAUGCCUUGGGUGUCAGCACGAACCCCAAACUAAUGACAACCCCUUCAUACACGUCACCUUCUUUUCCCUCUUCCGCCUCUUCCAUGGGGAACUCCGCUGUUGCGGGGAUGGGAGCACAGAUCUCCGCCCUCAGCACCCGUCUGGAGGCGUUGCAGGCCCGCAUCGAACAGCUCACCUUGGAAAAUCUGGUCCUGAACAAUGUUCAGUUGCACGCCCAGAAAUUGCAGAAGGACCAACAACAACAGCAGAGCCUGGUGGAGGAGGCUGUGUCUCGGGUAGCAGCGGCAGCAGAAGAAGAAUGUGGAGGAGGGAGUGGCACUGGCAGUGGUACAGUCCCGACAGGACACUCCACGAAGUCUCUUGCGACGCUGCUGCGUAACACUGGAGCGUUUCCCUUUAAGGACAGCACCGGGGCUACGCGCGUCAGCAGCCAAAAAGUCCUUGUUCGCGGGGUGCCUGUAAACUUUGGGGCCUCCGAAGUUCGUGAUUUGUUUUCUUGCGUCGGAAGUGUCGUCUCGUGUGUGGUGCGGCGAAUGCCUGUUGCACCGGUAGCGACGAAAGCGAGGCCGCAUGUCUCCCGUUACCGCUCGCAGCAAAAGCAGCAGGAGGAGAAAGAAGCAUGUGAAGGGGAGACGACGGAUGGCCCCACGAGUGGCGGUUCCGCGGCCAAUUUCACGACUUCUACCGCGGAAGAAAACGAGAGAGUUUUUGAAGUGACGUACCAGAAGGUGGAGGAGGCGGUGCGGGCGAUUUUGCAGCUGGACGAGCACCAACUGCAUGGGAAGCACAUUCUAUCGGUAGAGCCGGUCGUCUCGGCUGACAUUGUCGCGGCAAUGCAGCACUUGGAGCGGGAGUUGAAUCGGCGGUGA